UCACAUUUCCCAUGCACUUGAAGCACAUACAAACUAAUUAGAGAAGCAACGUAACCAAUCGAGCUAUCUUAGGCUCUUUUGAGUUUGUGACUUUUUACAAGUCGAAAUAAUAUCAUCAUGAGUAGAGAAAACUUGGAAACAAAAAUGGCCAAUGUUGAUGAAGUCAGUUCACUACCAAACUCGUUACCGAUAACGCCACGAACGGUAACGGUAGCUCCAACGUUCCAUCACGAUGACCAAUUCGCCUCUUUACCAAUAACUCCACGGACGGCGUCGGUAGCACAAACUCCGUCCGUAGUAUCGUUACCAAUAACUCCACGGACGGGGUCAAUGGCACCAACGCCGUCCAUAGUAUCGUUACCUCCUUCACAAUUCCACUCACCAUCUCUUUCUCGAUCCCCCUUACUUCUCACGGGGGAUCAUGCUAGUGGUGGUGCGAAUCGAGCCGUUAAAACUCCAAGGUCACGUGGAUUAACGCCCCGUUUCAUCACUCCUUUGGGUAGUCCUCUUAGAAAGGCUCUUAAAAUGACAAGAUUAGACCCGCAAGACGCCUGGCUUCCCAUCACUGAAUCGAGAAAUGGAAACGCAUAUUAUGCUGCCUUUCAUACUCUUUGUUCUGGGAUUGGUAUACAAGCUCUUGUUCUGCCUGUUGCCUUUACCAUACUUGGCUGGGCUUGGGGUAUCACAUGCUUAACUAUAGCAUUUGUAUGGCAGCUCUACACGCUCUAUUUGAUGGUUCAACUUCAUGAAAAUCAUGAAACAGGACUACGUUACAGCAGAUACUUGCAACUGGCAUGCGCAACAUUCGGUGACAGAUUAGGGAAACUCAUCUCAGCGUUUCCAAUCGGGUAUCUCUCAGCUGGCACAUGUUGUGCGCUGAUUAUCAUAGGUGGCUCAACGGCAAAGCUAUUAUAUCAGACUUUAUGCGGAGCAACAUGUAGUAAUCCCAAGCCAUUAACAACAGUUGAAUGGUACUUGGUGUUCACUUGUGCGGCAGUUGUUUUAGCACAGUUGCCAAAUUUGAAUUCUAUAGCUGGAGUUUCACUAGUUGGUGCUCUUACAGCCGUUGGAUAUUGUACAGCACUAUGGACGGUCUCAGUUGCUGAGGGUAGGCUACCUAAUGUGUCUUAUGAUCCAGUGAGAAAGGGAAGUCAAGUUGCUAGGAUAUUUGAUUUUCUUAAUGCUCUUGGUAUUAUUGCUUUUGCUUUCAGAGGACACAAUCUCAUACUUGAAAUUCAGGCCACAAUGCCUUCAAGUGAGAAACACCCAUCACGAGUGCCCAUGUGGAAGGGUGUGCAAUUCUCAUAUCUACUCAUAGCAAUGUGCUUAUUCCCUCUAGCUAUUGGUGGUUACUGGGCUUAUGGUCAUUUGAUUCCAGCGAAUGGGAGCAUGUUAACGGCAUUAUUUGCAUUCCACAGCCAAGAUGUUUCACGAUCCGUGCUAGCUCUGAUAUGUAUUUUUGUGAUAAUAAACGCGAUAAGCUCAUUCCAAAUCUACGGAAUGCCAAUGUUCGAUGAUAUGGAAUCAGCUUACACUACAAGGAGCAAACAAGCAUGUCCAUGGUGGCUACGUUCCAUUUUCCGGGCAAUUUUCGGGUUCGUGUGCUUCUUCAUCUCCGUGGCAAUUCCAUUUUUGGGUAGCUUUGCUGGCCUUAUUGGAGGAAUUGCUCUACCGAUUACAUUUUCCUAUCCAUGUUUCAUGUGGCUUAAAUUCAAGAAGCCCAAACAAUAUUCUCUAAGUUGGUGGGUAAAUUGGGGAUUUGGGCUUUUGGGAAUGGGCUUAAGUGGGAUUUUGGUUGCUGCUGGUUUGUAUGUUGUCAUUGACACUGGUGUGAAAAUUAGCUUCUUUAAUCCUCAGUGAGUAGUUUUCUACAACAAAAAGUGUGGAGAAAACUGUUACUAGUAUGAACAUAUUGGCCGACUUCGAAACUAAUACGGAAAAGGUUGGUGAGAGUUGGUUCGAACAAGAAUUUAAUUUGUUGUUACUUUGAGUUGGUAGAUCUUUUUGUAAUUCUUUAAGGAAAUUCAAAGGAAUAAGUUGGUAACUAAAGAAACUCUUGAUUCCACA